UUCCCAGCAGCGCUCAAUGAGAAUCAGCCUCUCACGGCGCGACAUCAAGCUGCUGCCUUGCGCUAGUUAACAUUACGAUUUGUGCGUCGGAAAGCUUCUAUUUUCGCGUGCGCGCACCUGUUCACGAUUAGCAUAAAAUGUGAAACUCCAUAUUCCCGUUGCUGCGCGUGUUCAUGCGUUUGGGAGUGAUGUGACACGUUCUUGCGUCGACUGUCCGUAUACCCAUGCGCGCAAAUCAUCAAGCCAAUCUCCUUUGCGCGCUGGAUAAAAUGGAUUUUUAACGCAAAACAGAUGCGCGCGAGGUAUACACGGGUUAGGACAUGUAAACAUGGUCCUCAGUAAGCUGAUAGUUGGCGUCAAGGAGAGACCUUAACAGCCCUACCACAGGCAACUAGCGAGAAACCACUGCAUUCGUUUGACCUGAAGAACAAUUUGCCUGACGGAAGCUCUGCUAUCUUGAAAAGAAGUGGUAAUCGAUCAAAUUUGAAGAAUCUCCACUAUAUGGCCCUUGGAUUAUAACCGUAAUGGUGUACCAACGUUUGGUGAAUGAUUGGCGUGUUUUACUGGUGCUUGCCACAUCAGCAUCGCUUGCGCUUGCUAUCGUUGGCCAGAAACCCAGGUUGGUCGACACAGCAACUGCCAGUUUUGUGGCCGAAGUUGGUAAAAUCGUUCGUUUAAAAUGCGAUUUCUACACUUGGGAAAAGGAAUGGACGAUGACGUGGUACAAAGAUGGUGCGAUUAUUCCGGUGAAAAGAAAGUCGAGAUUUCGAAGUCGUACCGGAGAGGCGUGUAUGCUGCGAAUAAAAAACGUGCGAAAAGAGGACGUCGGCACGUACCGUUGUCUUGCUCAAAACAAAUACGGCACAGCAAGCAAACUAAUGAACCUAACAGUUUCAGGUGUUUCCAAGCCACGUGGUAUACACGGAAAAGGUCCACCGUGGUUCAUAAAACCCAUGCCACCGAGGCAGUUCAUCGCCUGGCCAGCGUCGAAUGAUCUGAAAUUACGCUGUGCGGCUGAUGGAGAACCUCCCUUGAAAUAUCAGUGGCUGAAAGACGGCAAAGUCCUGACAUAUCGUCGUUUAGAUCCAAAGUUUAAUGGUACGAAGUGGUAUCUGAGGAUCAAAACAGCCGUUCCAUCAGACAAUGGUCUGUACACAUGCAUCGUAUCAAAUAGACUGGGGAAUUUAUCACAUGACUACAAACUGUCUGUAAUAGAAAAGGGACCAAUACGUCCAGUGUUAUCAACUCAUUUCCCCGUCAACAAAACUGUUCGUGUUGGCGACAACGUGACAUUUCAAUGUAUAGAGCUCUUUAGUCCGAUGUUGACCGACUAUCGUUGGCUUCACUGGAAGAAACUGCCUCCUAGUUACCCGGAGUUGGACCUUGCAAAAAUACCCUCCACCAAUUCGUCGUAUUAUACAUUGAUUAAUCCUCGACAUUAUAAGGCGUUUGACGUCGAAAAAAAUAACGGAAAAUACGGGGGGAGAGUUUAUAUAAAUAAUGUUACAAAAGACGACGAAGGAAUGUACACUUGUUUGAUCACAAAUCAUGUUGGCCAAGGUUCAAGGAAUGCGUUCUUAAGAGUUAUUGGACGAGAUGAAGUUUUUUCUACUCGUGAUACGAGAAAAGGCAUUCCAAUUCCCCGGAGACAAACCUCCGACACUAUUAGUCGUAACAGUAUCAUCGCUAUCAUCAUGCUUGUUGUCGUCAUCAUCUUAAUUGCUGUCUGCGUCAUCGUCGGAUUUUUAUUCUACAAGAAGAAAAUGUCGAAACGAAUCGAGGGAAAAGUGCUGUACUCUCGUGGCUUAGAAACUUCCAAAGAAAGUUCGGGUGGAGUUUUUGAUAUGGGCAGACAAGACUCGAUCAAGUUCUUUGGCAUGAAACGAAACGGCCGUUUGGAGUCGAAUAGUUCCACAAAUUCAACCCUGCCAUUGAUGUUUAGCCGGCAAAAUAGUUUUCGCACCAGGUUACCGUCAAAUGGCCUGUCGAAAGUCGAUUCGGAUCUCUGCGAAGGUGAAUUUGAAAUGCCUUACGACGAGGAAUGGGAAAUUGACGAGGGUCAAUUGGUGAUAAAAGACGAGCCGUUAGGAGAAGGAGCAUUUGGUGUCGUGAUGAAGGCAGAGGCUUAUGACUUGCCUGGCUAUCCAAAAUGCCACACUGUCGCUGUAAAGAUGUUGAAAAGUGACGCGACUGAAAUAGAGCUUGCAGAUCUCGUGUCAGAAAUGGAAACCAUGAAGAGAAUAGGCUGCCAUAAAAACAUUAUAAACCUCAUCGGAUGCUGCACCCAAAAUGGCGCGUGUUUUCCAUACAUGGUAGUUGAAUACGCUCCGUAUGGAAACCUGCGAGAGUUCUUACGGAGCAGAAGGCCUUCGGUGAUCAACAGAAAAUCUUCCGGCGAGUCAGAGCAUAAUAAUUUACCUCCUGUGACGAUCAGGGAUUUUAUAUCUUUUGCAUUUCAAAUAUCGCGAGGAAUGGGACAUCUUGUGUCCAAAAAGUGCAUCCACCGAGAUUUGGCUGCAAGAAAUAUCCUUGUUGGCGAAGAUUACGUUAUGAAAAUCGCUGAUUUUGGUUUGGCUCGCCACACGCGAGACAUGGAUUACUACAGAAAAACCACAGACGGCCGUCUUCCCGUGAAAUGGCUCGCAAUUGAAGCUUUGUUUGACAGAGUUUACACAAUUCAAAGUGACGUUUGGGCAUUUGGUGUACUUUUGUGGGAGAUAUUCACAUUGGGCGGAUCACCAUACCCAGGUAUCCCCGUUGAAAAACUAUUUGAACUGUUAAAAAGUGGCUACAGAAUGGAAAAGCCUCAAAAUUGUCCUCUUCAAAUAUACGAAAUGAUGCUGAAAACUUGGAGCGAGAACCCGUCGUAUCGUCCUUGCUUUUCACAACUGGAACAAGAACUUGAAAAGAUGCUGUCCAGUCUUACUAGUCAGGAAUAUUUGGAUAUUUUGGCCGAAUCCAUGACGAACAUAACCGAGUCGAUCUCGUCAGAUUCCGGUUGUAGUGUUGUUGAAAACAACAGCCAAUCAAGUUCAAGUUGUAAAGAUGCUACGGUCUAAGAAUGCUCUUAGAAACACAUCCAUGAGAAUUGUAUUCUCGCCAGCGACUCCCGGGCGCCGUCGUAACCCGACGAUGACCCGAACACCUCUCGUACGCAGUUUCGAAUGUCCGAAAAACUCAGUCAGGCAACGUCCAAGACGACUCAUUAACGAUAACAGAGGCAAAACUUAUGGAAUUGUCAUGACUGAGGAAAAGAACGCUAAAGCGUCCAUCUUGUAUGCCACGAAAACGACGUAAAUUCUACCAGGUUCUCGUUCCAGGCCGGUCGCAUAGUAUGACUUGUAUUACAUGUACAUAAAUGGAUUUUUAACGAGGAUUUUUAAAUGAUGUAAUUUUGUAAAUAGGGAAGAUUUAUUAUAAAUAAUUAGAUUGAAAAUUGGAAUCAUGUAUACGGACGGUGAGCUGCAUUUGUAACUAGAGUGAUAAAGAUAUAUACACGAUAUUUGUGGAACAAAUAUUCACAAAAACACUGCUUUGAUGCUUGCUGUAAAGUAAGAGAUAAAUACCUAAUAGGUGGGGAGGUAUGGUACAUAACCAUCCCUCCCCCUGGGGCGCUGCGCGUCCUUAUCUAAAGAAAGCCUGUGAGGUAUUUAUCUGAAUUACAAUAGUUUAGAUCGAAAGAGGUUUUUAACAAGAUUUUAUUAUUUUUUUACUUUGGGACUAUCAAAUUCAAUCACGAUCAUACUUUCUGCCUUUGUAUACAGUUCAUGGUGUAGCUAUGAUUAGAAAGGUUAUGACAGGGAGCCACAGCUUUGAUACAACAAAAUUAUAGCGAACGGAAUAAAUAAAUUAGUGUUUUAUAGUAUCCUUGCUUAUAUUGCUGUGAAUAAAAAAAAAGUUGUUACUGGACGGUGCAUAUUACGUCACAA